CCGAACUCGAACCAGUAAAACUCGGUUCAAUUCGGCUUCUGGUAUGGCCUAAUGAAAAUGUAUAGGUAAUAGUAAAGGAAUAAGUAUGAUGAAAAUAAUUUUCAAGCGUUCAACAAAUAAUAACAAGAUUGAACAAAAAAUCACAAAAUAACUUGCAAUGAUUAUCAAAAAAUGAUUGAUAAAACUUGCAAGAGAUUUGACGAAUUAAUAAAAUAUGGUGAACAACAAAUACGUAACAGUUAAAGGAGAUUUUUGUGUAAUCAGGUUAAUAUAAGAGUGUUUUAUAUCUUUUUUGUUAAUAAAAUAUCUUAUUGAUCGAUUGCGAAAAAUUGAUGCCCACAUUCUUAUGUUUAUAUUUUUAUUAUUAGAAGAGAAGAUAUUAUUUAAUAAUAUGUCAUUUGAAAGAUUGACAUGAAUACUCAAGGUUCAUAUAAAAACAUUGAAGUAGAAGUUGUUUUGUGUCUUCAUAUGAACUCAUUUUAUUGUGCCUCAAGCCUUAUGAAAUGCCUUAUAUUAAUCGAAUUGAUUAUUCAAUUUGUCGUAUUCUUACAGAUAUCUUUAUUUUAGGUGGUCUCCAUGAGUGAUUGGAUGCAAAGUUAUUCAGCAUCAAAGAAGUAUUUAUAAUUCUAGACAACAUAUUGAUUUUUUCAAAUAAAAUAACUAUUGUCGAUGUCAAAAUAUUAUGUAUUUCGAUUGUUUUUUAAAUAUUUCGUAAGCAAAAGCACUUACAAUUCUAAGAUUUUCACCAUCCGAAAGGAAACUGUGGACGAAGUAAAAUACUUCCAUAUUAGUUUUUCUAUGCAUUGGUCCAGUGAGACAACUUUCACGAUGGAUGUUGUUCAGAUAUUUUCAAAGACGAUUUUUCAAUCCAACAUUAGCUUCGAUUUAGCCAAUCGAUAAUGAAUAAAUUUUGACUUCAACAAAGCUCAAUUGAAUACUACCAAUUGCUUUUAGUUUCAAUAUAAUGGUUUUUAUAAUUCAUUCUGUACAAUGCUGUGAACAGCAGAUAGAAUAUCAUCUAAAUCUCGUUCUUUUGAGGUCAUAUUACUUCAAAAUUAAAAAUAAAUAUCAUCAUUCGCUGCAAUUUGAUCAAAUAACCCUAAUUUCAUACUUAGGUCUGACCAAACGUUAUGAGAUCUUUAAAUAAAAAUAUAAAGAUAAGAAGAUACUUUUAAUUUUAUUGUAUCAAACGUUGAGGAUAGUUGCCAUGAUUAUUGAUAUCAAGUUCAAUUCUUUCGACACAAUUUAUUAAAAGUUUUUUUGAACUGUUUUUCGAAAAAAUUUUUAGCUACUUUGGAUACCGCAUGAGUAUAUAAUAUUUCAUUUAAUUAAUUAAACUCUCUUCGAUAGAGCUACUUAGUCAAAGAUUAAGUAGUAUUAGGUACAGCAAAUAUGGCUGCUGCGGCAUUAUAUUGAUGCCCUCUUCUGUCAAAUAGUUAAUAGCAUCGGAUGAGUAUGAAGUCAACGAUAAUCCUCAAGCAGUUUUGUACAUUUUGCACUUUAUAUCUCUUUUUGUUUUCAUAUUACAUUUACAAAAGGCUUCAGAUAAUUUUCAAUAUAAUACUUGUAACCUACUGUCAUGCCUUUAUCUACACUUAGGACUAUUUGAUUUAAAACAUAUGUCAAACAAAGUUUGCGUUCAAAUCUAUCUCCAUGAACAAUAAUCUUUGACGAUUCAUCCUCAAUAAGCCAGGUAGAAUCAGAUGACGUAUGAUUAACCUAUAUAAAAUAAAUCUAUACUUCGUCACUAGUACUACUAGAACGCAAGUGACAACAUCUGACAAAACUUCAUUAAAAUUUUAAAACAAAUGAAACAUGAUUAGCUCAUGCGGUAUCCAAGGUAGCCAAUUUUUUUUUUGAAAAACAGUUCGAAAAAACUUUUAAUAAAUUGUUAGAAAGAGCUGAACUUGAUAUAAAUAAUCAUGGCAACUGUCCUCAACAUUUGAUAAAAUUAAAUUAAAAAUAUCUCCUUAUCUUUAUAUUUUUAUUUAAAGAUCUCAGAACUUUUGGUCAGACCUAAGUAAGCGAAAAUAAAAUCAGUUUUGAGAGUCUUGGCUUUAGUUUAAAAAUAAAUAUUAUUCAAAAAAAAACAUUCGAUUGAUUUUAUAUCUUCUAAACCAAAUAUUGAACAAGAAAUAUCAUUAUCUUUAAAAAAAAAGAAUAAAUCUUUGGUCCCUUGAAAAUCCAUAUUUAUAUGAUAUUCAUGUUGAUUUAUAUCAAGCUGAUAUAUUUAUUGAACAUAUUGAUAGUUAUAUCGAUUCUAGACAAAGUUCUCUUUGUUCUAAAAAGGAAAAGAAUUGUCUUAAUAAUAAACCAUAUUUUAUGUUUGAAGUUCUUGAUCAAGAUUAUUGACGUGAUCAUCCAUAUCGAUAUGAUAUAGAACAAAUAAAACACUUAGGUUUUAAUACAAUUAUUGAUGUGAUGCAUCAGGUAUACUUGUUUGACAAGAUGUACCUGCAGAAGAUUCCUUUUAUGGUUAUAAAGUUGAAUUAGAUGCUGAUAAACAAUUACGAUUACAUCAUAAUAAUAGAGGACGAAUGAUUUACCACUAGUUCCAAUAAUAAAUGUAGAAUUAUCUAUAAAUUGGCUAUUGACUAUUGAAAAAAAACUUUGAAUCUAAAAUUCACUUUGAACAUAAAUUAAAAGCAAUGAUUGAUUUUCUUUCAUUUCAUCCAUCAAUUAUUAUUUGGGUAUUAUUUAAUGAAUAAUGGGGUCAAUAUGAUUCAAUAUGUUUAGAAAACAUGAUUGCAGAUCAAGAUUGUUUAAUCAAUACUGCUAGUGGAUGGCAAGAUCGAAUAGGUAUUGGACAUAUCAGAGAUAUCCAUGAUUAUACGAAAUAGAUUUUAUUAUCAUCAUUUGAUGAAAUUUUCUUGGAGUUGUAAUCAUUAUUUAAUGACAUAUGCAUUCAAAUAAUUUAUUCUUAAUCGUUCACUACGUUCAUCAGCUAUGAUUUAUACACAAUUAUCUGAUAUUGAAAAUGAAUUGGAUGAAAUUUUAACAUGUAAUCGAUAAGGAAUUAAAUCUGUGGCUCCACAUGUCAUACGUAUACUAAGAAAUCUUUUUUAUAAUACUAUACCGCAAAACCAUUUUUAGAUAUUUAUAUACAUUCUAUACCGUCAUUAGAUGAUAAUGAAGAUAAAUCUUUUAUACAUAUCAAUGCUUUCUAAAUAAUUUAUGCAUAUUUAUUGAUUUAAAUAAAUAUAUAGUGUUUUAUUGGACAAUGAAAAUAUUUCUUCUUUUACGUUAUCGAGAAGUAGACUUGAUAUUCUAUUACAACGUAGUGCCCUUGUUGAUCCAGUACCAUUUGGUAAACGAGCUGAAAAUAAUAAAAUAGCUGGCUCAACACCAUUAAUUGAUGCAACUAAAUAUAAUCAUCCUGAAUGUGUUAAACAUUUAUUAGUACAUCAUGCUAAUCCAAAUCAUAAAAAUCAUUCGAGUAUAUCAGCAUUAAUACUUGCAGCCGAACUAGGUUACUUUGAAUGUGUUAAAUUACUUGUACAAGCUGAAACUAAUCUAAAAUUAGCACCAAAUGGUUCAGUAGCAUUAAGAUUGAAUUUAUGUGGUCAAACAUCAUUAUUUUGUGCAGCAAAAGAAGAUCGAACGGAUAUGGUUAAAUAUUUAUGA